GGGCUGCAGAAAUCUUACCAUCAUUACUGGACUGGAGUCGGCAUCUCGCCCAUGCUAAUGCCGUAAUGGCUCAUGGGCCAUGGCGAUGAAUGGGGUAGCCGUGGCGGUGCAUGCCCAAGUGUACUCCACAGUCCACACGCUUCGCUUUCCCCCACACAAACACAAAUUCUAUUCGCUUGCCGCUCGGCCCUCGUCCCCGUCUCAUAAACUUCAGCUUUGUUCUUGGUCUCUUCUCGCCUUGCUUCGCGAGGUAGGGGAGGGGCGAUGGUGGGGUCGCCGACGAAGCGGCGGGCGAUGAGGAGGCCGCUGGAGAAGGCCGGGGUGGUGGGGCUCGCCGUCCUGGUCACGGCGACCGCCGCGCUGCUGCUGCUGCUGCUCGUCCGCACCGCGUCGCUCCGCUACACCGCCGCCGUCGACUACGCGCUCGCGUCCCCCAGGAAGCUCUGGAGCGGCGGGGUCUCCAUCGCGGCCGAGGCGUCGCCUUCGCCGUCCCCGGAGAAGGGGCACGGGGCCGGUGCGGCGGCGAUGGCGGCAGUGGAGGAGGAGGAGUGCGACCUGUUCGACGGGAGCUGGGUGUGGGACGACAGCUACCCGCUCUACGACUCCAAGGACUGCCCCUUCUUGGACGGUGGGUUCCGGUGCUCCGAGAACGGCCGGCCGGACACGUCCUAUGUCAAAUGGCGGUGGCAGCCGUCGCGCUGCGAUCUACCCAGAUUUGAUGCCAAGUUUAUGCUCGAGAAGCUACGGAAUAGAAGAGUAGUAUUCGUUGGUGAUUCAAUUGGAAGGAACCAAUGGGAGUCUCUGCUUUGUAUGCUCUCAAGUGUUGUUCCCAACAAGAAGUCCAUCUAUGAAAUUAAUGGAAGUCCCAUCACAAAGCACACGGGUUUCUUGAUUUUCAAGUUUAGCGACUACAAUUGCACAGUGGAGUAUUACAGAUCUCCUUUUAUAGCCCUUCAUGGCCGUGCACCAGCUGGAGCCUCUAAGGUUGUUAAGUACACAAUUAAGGUGGAUGCCAUGGAUUGGAUGUCAGACCGUGGUAAGUGGAGCAAUGCUGAUAUUUUGAUCUUUAACACAGGGCAUUGGUGGAACUACGAGAAAACAAUUAGAGGGGGCGCCUAUUUUCAAGAAGGCAGUAAGGUGAAGAUGAAGAUGACUGUUAUUGAUGCAUACCAAAAAUCAAUACAAACACUCUUCAAUUGGGUUCACAAAAAAGUUAACACAAGCAAGACCCAGGUCAUCUUCCGUACUUAUGCUCCUGUGCACUUCAGGGGCGGCGACUGGAAGAGUGGAGGGAGUUGCCACUUGGAAACUCUUCCUGAUGCGACACCGUUUAAAUCGCUGGAGCAAUGGGCGGACAAGCUUGAGCCUGUCCAUAAUGUUCUUGGGAGCAGCACAAAACCCAAGAUGCCUGGAUUAGCUAUACUGAACGUGACACAGAUGACGGCACAGCGAAAAGAUGGUCACUUGUCAGUGUACAUCAGCCCUUCGGGGCCUGUCCCCCUGCGUAGACAGGAUUGCAGCCAUUGGUGCUUGCCUGGAGUUCCUGAUACCUGGAACGAGCUUGUGUACGCCGUCUUCAUGAAAAGGCAAACGAUGGUGGACCAAAAUGUUUCCCUUGCUGCUUCCAGAACGCUGAACACAAGUUGACUAAAAUUCUAUGGGUAGGCUACCCGAUGCUCGCCCGGUGAAGCUUUGUAUCUGAGGUUGGUUGGUGAUCCUCCUGCACUAUGAUUUUGCAAGAUAGGAGCUGGCUUGUAGGAAGUUGUACCACUCUAAUCUGUUGUAUGUUGAGAGAAGAGUGCAAAUAAGAGCAAAAUUAAAGAAAGGCAUACCACUAUGUUUCACAGAGGCAGCCAAAGUUUUAGCCGAUGUGAUCAUAGAUUAGAGGGGCUGCAUUCGAUGAUGUACAUAGUUUAUUACUUUAUUUGGCUGCUGUCAUAUUGGGGGAGUUACCGUGGUGAUUGUAUGUAAUUCAGGAAUUUUAUCCUCAAAGGUAUGUUCUCAGUGGCUCCGGCAGUUGAUUUGCACAUUUCGGGAUUUUUAUCCCAUCCGGAACAAAUGUAAAUAUUUAAUGAGAAAUGUAAUAGUGCAGACAUUUUCUGGGAUGCCA